CUCUUCUGCGUUUACUUCUUUGCAAGUCUUGCAGUAUAGUAGCUCAAUCUGUAUUGUCAUCAAUUCCCCUUCAGUUCCCCCUAAUAUUUUCUCCUCAUCCCAUCCCAUCCCAUCCCCAUCUCUUCCAAUGUCUAUCAAGUUACUACUACAGCGAGGAGCUACACUGCCGCCCGUGGUGGCCCCCCACCGACAUCUCCGACUGUCUCUCCAUCGCCCCUAUUCGUCCUCUUCUUCCCUCUCUUCUUCCUCUUCCUCCUCUCCUCAAUCCUCCAACAACCCUACCCAAUACAGCCGCUCCAACUUCAAAGUCCUCCCCUUUGUUGCCCUCUUCGCUGUGGGCACCGGUUCCUACGUCUUACUCGUGAAAUCCCGCACCGGCGUGCAUAAACCCAAGCCCGGUUCCAACUGUAUGUCCCUCUUCUCUGUACCUUGAAUCCACACCACCACCCCUCUUCUCCCCUCCAACAAUAACAACUUCCCCUGUCUACCUACCUACCAACCAACAAACAAACAA